GCGUGGCGCGCCGAGCAGGAGACCGGCCGUGCUGUGCAGGAUUCCUGGCCAGGGGCCCCGUAGUUGCCAUGGUGAAGAUCUUCGUUGGGGGCCUGUCUCCGGUGGUCACGGCCGAAGAACUGCGCAAGCUGUUUGAGCAGUAUGGCCAGGUGAACGAGUGUGACAUCCUGAAGAACUUUGCCUUUGUGCACAUGGAGAAAGAGGACGAGGCGCACCAGGCCAUCAGCUCCCUGCACAAAAGCGAGUUCUUUGGGGCCCACUUGACCGUGGAGUACGCCACCUCCAAGAUCCGCAACGCCACCAAGAUCUACGUGGGCAAUGUUUCCGCCAAGGCCACCACUGCCCAGAUCAGGCAGCUCUUUGAGAGGUUUGGCAAGGUGGUGGAGUGCGACAUCGUGAAGAACUAUGCCUUCGUGCACAUGGCGAAGGAGCGGGAAGCCAUGGAUGCCAUCUUGAACCUGAAUGACACCCCCUUGGAGGACCAGAAAAUCUUCGUCACUCUCUCCAAGAGCAAUGGCUCCCUCCGGGCCACUAAGGGGGCUACUGUACCCACCCCACCAACCCCAACCCCGAGCUACUACUUCUCUAGGGGUCGCAUUCCCACUCCUGCCACGACAUACACCCCCUACUGCCCCAGGGCCUGGUACGACAGAGAGUAUUGCGACCGCUACUCCUAUGAGCUCUACGAUCGGGCCCGGGCAGCCUAUGACAGGGCCUUGCCUACCCCUGCAACCUCCGCCCCAGCUGCCUACAGGGAAAGAAGCCCCGUGGGCAGGCGGACAGCGACCCCUACCGCUGUAGUGGCCCAGUACACCGAUCCUUAUGCUGCUGCGGCAGCUGCUGCCGCCGCCGCCGCCAACCAAACAUACAGCCAAGCCUACAGCCAGCCUGGGUACGCAGCUGCCGCCGCCGCCGCUGCCGCCACAUACUCCCAGUACAGCAUAGGCACCGCCUACAACGUGGCGGAAUACUACGAGAGGUACGCCAGUGCCUACGCUGCCCAGUACGCGCAGACGUUCUGACCGUGGCCCGCCCCCGCAGCCCCUCCGUGCUUGUGCGAGGUAGCACCGAAGCCAUGGCUCUGAGACCCCCCCUUUGCCGAUCACGCUCUAACCUGCGCUGGUUUUUUAACAUCGGCUUCCUUCGAAGGUUGGUGAUGCUGCCUUUUGGUUCACUGCUCCUCCUCUCCCUCUCUGCCUUCCCCUCUUUCCUCGUUUUAUUAUUUUUUUCCUCCCCCACCCCCCCACCCCCGUUUUCAUCCGGUCGUUACCGUAAAGCCUGCUUCGAAGAGCCGCCUCGCCAACCCCGCCUUGCGACCGAAUCCGAAGAUAAAAUUUUGCUCGUAGGAAAACGUGUCCGUUUUUGAACUCUCCCGCCCAAAGCGACGGGCGCUUGCAGCCUCAGCCCACUCCGCUAGCUAACCGUUGCUUGCUGCGUGUUGCGUAACCGAGCUCUCGUUCCUGGAGCAGAGCCGAGAAGAGCCACGAGCUCCGUAGCCAAUGAUGCUUCCUUUGCUUUCGCUGUAUGACCUGGGUACUCCUUUCUUUGUAUAACUGGUGAACAGAGUUUGUUCUUGUCGCCGCAACUUGUUUGGUUUCUCUUUUAUU